AGCAAGCACUACGACCUCAUCCGUGAGCUUGGCAAGGGCACCUACGGCAAGGUGGACCUGGUGUCCCACAAAAGCACAGGCACCAAGAUGGCCCUGAAGUUUGUCAACAAGAGCAAGACAAAAUUGAAGAACUUCCUGCGGGAGUUCAGCAUCACCAACACGCUCUCCUCCAGCCCCUUCAUCAUCAAGGUCUUCGACGUGGUCUUUGAGACUGAGGACUGCUACGUCUUUGCUCAGGAGUAUGCCCCUGGUGGGGACCUCUUCGACAUCAUCCCACCACAGGUGGGGCUCCCCGAGGAGCUGGUGAAGCGCUGCGUGCAGCAGCUGGGCCUGGCUCUCGACUACAUGCACAGCAAAAGCCUGGUGCACCGGGACAUCAAACCGGAGAACGUCCUGCUCUUCGACCGCGACUGCCGCCGCGUCAAACUGGCCGACUACGGCAUGACCCGCAAGGUGGGCUGCCGGGUCAAGCGCAGCAGCGGCACCAUCCCCUACACGGCACCCGAGGUUUGCCAAGCCGGCCGGGCGGAGGGCUUUGCCGUGGACACCAGCAUCGAUGUCUGGGCUUUCGGGGUGCUCAUUUUCUGCGUCCUCACCGGGAACUUCCCUUGGGAG